UCUGAUUUUACCUGAGUACUGAGGAACUGAACCCAGAUCAUCAGACUUUACAACCAAGCAUGGACGUUCACAAGUAUACUCCCAGCACUUGGGAGGUAGAGGCUGAAGAGUCAUGAGUGCAAGAUUACCCUUGGCUGCAUGGCAAGUUGAAGCGCGGGCUUGGCUGCAUGAGACUACACCAGAAAGAAGAAAAGAUGAACAGGUCCAGUCCCCAGGUCCUUCCUCACCAAGACCCUCACCCUGAAUCACCGGAUUGGUCAUUCCAGAGUGCUCAGCCCCCACUGAAGCAAAGAAAGGCAUUCCUUUCAGGGUAACCUGAAACUCAACAGUGAUACUACUACCUCUACCUCCCAAGUGCUGAAAUUAAAGCUCUUACCUCUUAGAUUUUGUGUUUUCUGGAGAAGAAACCCCAAGAUGGCUGAUAAGACCGUGCAUACUGGCGCUGUGGAGGACGGCAGUGUGGAGGCCGGGCGUGACGAGGCCGGCAGCACUGUGGCCCGUAAUGUUAUAACGUUCUCGGAUGUGGCAGUGGAUUUCUCUCAGGAGGAGUGGGCCUGUCUGAACUCUUCCCAGAGGGACUUGUACUGGGAUGUGAUGUUGGAGAACUACAGCAACUUGGUCUCCCUGAAUUUGGAAUCACCAUGUGAUGCUAGGAGGUUUGCCAUUGCAAAGAGCAUAUAUGGCUUGAAUUUUCACAGAAAGAAGUCAAGUGGCAAAAGUAAAUUUCGCCUCCCUAUCAGGAUUCCUGAAGGUGAGUCUGAAAGACCACAGGGCUCCCAAGAAGGAAAUGGCAAUAAAGCAGCAGUCAGCUCUAAAAAAGCACCCAGUGAGAGAGAGAGCACACCUGCUUCUAAGCCACGCCCCAAACCCCGGAAGGAGAAUGCCUAUAAGUGUAAGGAGUGUGGGAAGGCCUUUAGUCGUAGCUAUCAGCUUAGCCAGCAUCAGAAAAUUCACACUGGUGAGAAACCCUAUGAAUGUAAAGAGUGUAAGAAAGCCUUCCGUUGGGGUAAUCAGCUCACUCAGCAUCAGAAAAUUCACACUGGGGAGAAACCUUAUGAGUGCAAAGACUGUGGGAAGGCCUUUAGGUGGGGCUCCAGCCUUGUUAUUCAUAAGAGAAUUCACACUGGUGAGAAACCCUAUUUGUGUAAAGACUGUGGGAAGGCAUUCAGGCGUGGUGAUGAGCUCACUCAGCAUCAGCGAUUUCAUACUGGUGAGAAAGACUAUGAGUGUAAAGACUGUGGGAAAACCUUUAGCCGUCUGUAUAAGCUCAUUCAGCAUAAGAGAAUUCACAGUGGUGAAAAGCCCUAUGAGUGUAAAGACUGUGGGAAGGCCUUUAUCUGUGGUUCUAGCCUCAUUCAGCAUAAGAGAAUCCACACAGGUGAGAAACCCUUUGAGUGCCAAGAAUGUGGGAAGGCCUUCACUCGAGUCAAUUACCUCACUCAGCACCAGAAGAUUCACACCGGUGAGAAGCCUCAUGAGUGUAAGGAAUGCGGGAAGGCCUUUCGUUGGGGUUCUAGCCUUGUUAAGCAUGAGAGAAUCCAUACGGGUGAGAAGCCUUAUAAGUGUACAGCAUGUGGGAAGGCCUUUAAUUGUGGUUAUCACCUCACGCAACACGAGAGAAUUCACACGGGUGAAACACCUUAUAAGUGCAAGGAAUGUGGGAAGGCCUUUAUUUAUGGCUCAAGCCUUGUUAAGCAUGAGAGAAUUCACACAGGGGAGAAACCCUAUAAAUGUAAGGAUUGUGGGAAGGCCUUCAGUCAUGGCCAUCAGCUCACCCAGCAUCAGAAAACCCAUAUGGCAAAGUCUUACCCAUGUAAGCAAUGUGGGGAGGUUUUUAAUCAUAUAAGCCUUCUUCGAGAGCAUGUGAAAACUCAUUAAGAGUUGAAAAGCCUUUUCAGAUUAUACCAAGGCCUCUGUCCUGCAUUCAUUUCUUCCUCAACAUGAGGAAAAUUCAUGUUUGAUUUUACAUAAGAAAGCCUUCACUGGUCAUUUUCCUGCUUAUAGAGUAUCAGAAGUCAUACUAGAGGCACACUUGGGAGAGUGUAGUAGAAGUCACUUUUUUCUUAAUGAUCACACCAUGUUCUGUAUUGGCAUUUUUACUGGAUAGGUCAGCUGAGUGAAUGUGUGUUACACUUCAGGAUCAUCCUAAGGGACAACCCUACUCAUGUGACAGUUGUGGGGAAACCUUUUUAGUGUUGACACAUGCCAUACCAACCAUGUUCACCAUCCCAACUCUUCAUUCUGUGAGACACAACUGCUCAUUAUGUGUGUGUUACAGAUACACUCAGCACACAGUAAGGGUACAUGCUGAUAAACCUGUCAUGCUGGCAACACCAUUUAGAAGUACAUCUGGUACACCUUACCAACCAGGCCGCAUAGCUUUGCCCAGCCCACUUUAUGUGCUCCAAACACUCCCAUUAGCCUAAGUUGGGCAACGACAUCUAACACAGUCUAUUUAGUAACAAAACUAUUGAGUGUCUCACAUAAUUUAUUGACUAAUUGCCAGGCAUGGUAGCACAUGUCUGGAAUGUCAGGAGGCUGAGGCAGGAGGAUUGAGAGUUCAAAGCCAGCCUGGGUUGCAGAACAGGUUCCAGGCCAGCCUAUAGCAAGACCCUGUCUCGAAAAAAAAAAAAAAUUGAAUAUUGUUCUAAAGUGAAACCAGUGGUUGUGUGGGGAAUGCUUGUGCCCCAUUGUGAAGCUGAAAACUAGCUGUACUGGAUGUGCUCUUACUAUCUCGAAGUUCAGUGGUUGUGUUGGGCACACUUGUGCACCACCAUAAACGUGAAAAAUCAGUGGUCGUAUUGGGUACGCUUUCACGCCUUUGUAAACUUGAAAAAUCAGUGGUUAUACUGGAUAUGCUUUCGUGCCAUCGUAAAGUUGAAAAAUCCGUGGUUAUAUUCGAUAUGCUUUCACACCUCGUAGAGUUGAAAAAUCAGUGGUUAUACCAGGUACGCUUUCGCACCAUUGUCAAGUUGAAAAAUCAGUGGUUAAUACUGGAUAUGCUUUUGUGCCUUGUAACGUUGAAAUAUCAGUGUUUGUAUCAGGUACGCUUUCACACCAUCGUAAAGUUGAGAAUCAGUGCAGUGGUUACAUGGACAUGCUGUCGCACCAUCGUGAAGUUGAAAAGGCAGUGGUUCUGUGGAUGUGCUUUCACACCAUCGUAUAACUGAAAAAUCAGUGUUGAAUAAGAUAUGCUGUUGCACCAUCAUAAAGUUGAGUAAUUGUGAGUCAAAAUGUCUGUGUGUUGAAACUUGUGUAUUUGUAAAAUGUACACUGUGUGCAUUACUUGUACAUAGGGAUAGUCAUAUUGUGGAAACUAAAUGGUAUGUGUAAACUCUUUGAGAAGUGUCUGGAAAACUAUGUCAUUCAGUAAAUACUACCUACUACUGUUCUGUGAUCAUCAUCAGUGUUCUGUCAGUGAGUUAGUGCCAGGCCACCUGUGGGUGCAGUGGGUUUAGACAAGGCUUUCAGGCUUCGUGGAGAUGGUAUGGGAGAUUAUUGUCACAUCUUCAGUCAGGAACAGACUGGACUGAGUGCUAAAGAUUGUUAUUUGCCAGAUGUAGUCUGUUCAUGAGAUGACGCCACUAAGAUGGAGACAAGCCCGGAGCGGAGUGAGGGAAGCUGGCCCACGCACCCAGCCAAGGACUCACACACAGCAAAGGCCAAUCAGCAGGUCAGGCGAAAGGGAGACAGAACGUGGCGCCAGAAACUAACAGAUGGCCACAAAGACGGAAAAGUGUUCCGCCUCCCUACUUGUCGAGGAAGGACAAGGGAGCACCAUGAGAUGUCAGGCGGCUGUCACCAGGAUGCAUAAAAUUCAAAUCAAAGUAUUUCAAAUGUCUCACCACAGAGGUAAAGGAGGCUUUGGACAUGCUCUUUUGACUCAAUCUUUCCACAUUGUAUACAUGUAUUAAAGGGUCACUGUAUUCUAAAUGUAAUAUAAAAAGUGAAAAGUCAAUGUAAUACAAUUAUUU